GGACUUGGGCUAAGCUGCGCGCGCUUGUGUCCGCGCCGCGGCGAGAUGAGCGGGGCAGGGUCGGCGGGCGCGGCCCGGGGUCUGCGGGUAGAUGGGCUGCCACCGCUACCCAAAAGCCUGAGCGGGCUGUCCUCGGCGUCGGGCGGCGCGUCGGGCGGCUGGCGGCACCUGGAGCGGCUGUACGCGCAGAAGUCGCGCAUCCAGGACGAGCUGAGCCGAGGGGGCGCGGGCGGCGGCUUGGCGAGGGCUGCGGGGACGCGGACCAAGCCCCCCAACCUGGACGCCGCGUUGGCACUGUUGCGCAAGGAGAUGGUUGGCCUGCGACAACUGGACAUAUCCUUGCUCUGCCAAUUGUACAACCUCUACGAGUCCAUUCAGGAGUACAAGGGAGCAUGCCAGGCGGCCUCCAGCCAGGACUGCCCUUGUGCGCUGGACAACGGCUUCUUCGACGAAGAGGAAGACUUCCAGGAGCAUGGCUCUCUCCAGGAAGGGCAGGGCCGGGGCUCCCCCCAGGACCUGUCACUGCCUGCUGCCUGCCUCUCCAGCAGUGACUGGAUUCUGGAGUCUAUUUAGCCUCUGGAGGAGUCUGUCAACACAGGCUGACCAGCAGCGUGCCUCUCUUCCUGCAAGAAAGUACUUCUGUCUCUUCAGGGUGGACAGUGGUGCCGCCUGUCUAACUUGUGGGU